AUGUACACUUCUACCAUCCUCUUUGCGGCCUCUUUGGCAUCCAUCGCUGUGGCCAAGACCGAUCUCUCGGGCUGCACAUCUACCGACGUCUCCUCGCCUGCCGGUGCGUCAGUUGCAUGGUACGUUCCAGGAACAGGAGAGGUAUGCGAAUUCCUCGACUGCGGAGGUGGAAGAGCGCCUGCCAAGACUACGGUCCCCGGCUGCGCUGCAUACUCUGGCACCUUGACGUACUCGCCCUCAUUUCUCGCCGGGUAUGGCAGUGCGACGGCUUCCUCAUCCGACUCUUCCACCACCGAGGCUGCCACUACAGAGUCUACAAAGGAAAGUGCUAGCACUAAGACGAGCUCGGACGACGAUGCAGAGGCCAGCAGCACUUCCUCGGGCAAGACUAUGGAGGCAACUAAAUCCUCGACCUCAUCAACCAAGUCUGCCGACAUCAUGACAACCAGCACCAUCACCUCGGCUCCAGUUGCUCCCGGAUCUGGAAAUGGUACCAUCACUACCACAGUCAAAGGCAAUGGCACAGUCAUGACUGCUUCGCCAUCGCCCGAAUCUACCUUCCAGRUCCAGGACUCCGGAGCCAUGGAGGCUGCCCGCUUCUGGGUUGGCGGCGCUGGUAUGCUGGUUCUGGGAGCUGCCAUUGCCGUGCUUUAG